AAAACUCAUUUUAAGAGUGCAAAAAUUAAUUAUCUCGUUAAAGAAAUUACAAUUCCUAAAUUUCCUAUUCCCUAUAAAUAAAUAAAUAAAUAAAUAAAUAAACAUAAAGAGAUAAUUGCCAUGGAUGCUUUUUAUUGUUCUAAAAAACUUGUGUUAAUUGCAAUUGCAUAUGGCUUAUUAUUACUAGCCCCAAGUGGGCGCUCCCUUGGUGCGGGCCCACAGAAGAGGUUUGGGUCGAUCAUUAGUUUCGGCGACUCGCUUGCCGAUACCGGAAACAAAAUCAGUUUCACCAGUUCACAAGCCUCCCGGCUUCCGUACGGAAUGAACUUCCCCGGCGGCCCCACCGGUCGUUAUUCAAACGGCCGACUCAUCGUCGAUUUCAUAGCUCAAAGCAUGGGGCUCCAGUUUCUGCAGCCGUACCCGGCGAAGAAGGACAGUAAUUUCAGCGGCAGCGUGAAUUUUGCGGUGGCCGGAGCUACGGCAUUGAACUCCACCCCUUCAUAUCUUUCGAUGGGAAGUCAGUUGGAAUGGUUCAAGAAGUUUCUUCCAUCUCUAUGCAACAAUAUAUCAAGUUGCGAAGUAUAUAUUGGGAACUCUCUAAUUCUAAUGGGAGAAAUAGGAGGAAAUGACUACAAUGGCCCCUUCCUGGAUGGCCAGUCCAAGGAAGACGUUGAAAAGUUAGUGCCGUGUGUUAUCAAAGCCAUAAGCUCUGCUAUUGAGAAAUUAAUAAGUCAAGGAGCUAAAACAGUGGUGGUUCCAGGGAAUCUGCCCAUUGGGUGCUCGGCUGCAUACCUCACCAAAUUCCAAAGUCGUAAUAAAAGCGAUUAUGACCCCAAAACUGGUUGCCUCAGCUGGCUAAACAACUUCGCUCAACAACAUAAUACCCAACUCCAGGAAGAACUCAACCGCCUUUGCCGACUCCAUGCCGAUUCACGCGUCAAAAUUAUCUACGCCGAUUACUUCAAUGCCGCAAUGAAAUUCUACACUGAUCCUGCUAAAUUUGGAUUUGAAAAGGCGACAAUUGCAUGCUGCGGAGGAAAGGGUCCAUAUAACUAUAACGCCUCAGUUCCAUGUGGUGUGAAAGGAUCAACGGUGUGUGGCGACCCUUCAAAGUAUGUUAGCUGGGACGGGAUUCAUUUGACGGAAGCGGCAUACCGUUUGAUUGCCAAUGAGAUAAUUAUGGAAUAUUUGCAUGAUUGAUGAGCUUACUCCACAUUACCAAAUUUGAUCGAUCAGCUUUGCUAUGUAAUGUUUUAAUUAAUUUAAGAUGUUUCAGUUUGUUUUCUUUAUGGAGUUUUAAACCAAAUGUGACAUUGUGAGUUAUAAGUUUAUGCAAUAAAAUGAAUAAUAUUAUUUCCUUUGU